AUGCUGCCAGAUUUCCUUUCAAACAGCUAUACUCGCUACAAGGACGACACGCGGGCCUUCACGACAUGGCUGCGGUCCGCUGACGAGGCUUGCGGCUACAAGCCGGCCGCCAAGAAGCCAACGCCGGCAGAGGGGACAGAGCUCCGUACGCCCACGGCACCGGACGCACCUGAGCCUCCUAUCAGUGCCCCUGUAUCUUCCCAGCGACUGAAGGGGAAAGCAAGGAAGUUGGAGAAGCAAGCACAGGUCCAGGUCAAGCCAACCCUCCCCGAGACAGGAAACGUAAAGACUGUCAAGUACAAUGUGUCGACAAGAGAGGUGCUGGCUCAAGCCGAAGCCAUAUCCCAAGCGAAGAACAAUGUCCGAAUGCCAUCAAGCAUCAAAACUAACCUCGAGCGAGCCAUUGAAGCACGCCAGAGAUGCGCCCAUUGGUAUGAAGCAGCCAAGCUGGGAAAGGCGGACUUCGACCAGGAUGGACAUCGCUAUUUCAUCUCUUUACUUCAGGACGUGCUCGCGAAGCUCGAAUGGGAAACCACAGCAAAGCCGGCCUCUUCAACUCAAGCUACGGGAAAUUCGGCGGCCAAGAAGCCGGUAUCGAAAAGCCCUGCUGGGUUAGAAUUGCCGCUCCGGCAAGACCACCCUCGUGGCGGCAACCGCAAUCACACAAGCAGCCAUCAGAUGAUCCGGCGAGCUGAAGAGGACCUAUGCGGAACUGUUCUCCCGAAGGCUCGUAUGAACGACUGCUACAAGGAUCUGACGGCCAUGAUGGUUGUUGCCGAGUCCAUCACACAGGGACUGGAUGCCACUCGAGGCGUGGGCGUCGAGGUGACCCCUUUUGACAGCUUUGUCUACUUCACCUUGAUGAAGUUUGCCCAGAUUGCUGCCAUGUCCAAUAAGCCCGAGAUAGAGUGGCCACCCCCGAUUCCGACGUUACAGUUCAACUAA